UGCCGGGGCGCACGGAGCGCUGGAGGCGGUGUGUGUUGCUCUUUAUUGUUCCAGUAGAAAGCUCAGUGCGCGGCUUCCCACAUUUGUCUGAAUGGCUGCCGCGGACAAACCACGUCCCACCUGAGAGGGAGCGGUUCAGCUGCAAGCAAGAGGAGCACCGCGUUCAAAACUUACAGCGUGGAUUUUACCAUCUGCGGUGGACACAAAAAGCUCUCACGGACGCACAUUCAGUGGAUCCUGGAGGAAGAGAGGGGACGUGAACAGAGGUCCCUGCAGCUCGAUAGCCUCUUACUGUAAGGUCUGUCAUCAUGGUCGAACCAGCCGACAGGUCGUCCACAGCCGGGCAGAGGCUGGGUGCUCCUGAAAGCUUUGGAGUGUCCACCCUAGAGCCAGGUCUGCGCCCUCCUGCCCAGCCUCCAGGACGCCAAGUCUCCAUGAGGGUGCAGAUGCUUGAUGACACACAGGAAGUCUUCCAAAUAUCACAACGUUCACCAGGCAAAGUGCUGUUUGACCUGGUUUGUGCCCAUCUCAACCUGGUUGAGGGAGACUAUUUUGGACUGGAGUACCAGGACCAGCGGAAGAUGACAGUGUGGCUGGAUCUUUUGAAGCCGACACUGAAGCAGAUCAGACGGCCUAAAAACACCAUCCUUCGUUUUGUGGUGAAGUUCUUCCCUCCUGACCACACGCAGCUCAUGGAGGAGCUGACUCGGUAUCUGUUUGCCCUACAGAUUAAACGCGACCUGGCCUGUGGUCGUCUGAUCUGCAACGACACGAGCGCCGCUCUCAUGGUCUCCCACAUUAUUCAGUCUGAGAUCGGAGACUUCGAUGAGACCCAGAGCUGGCAGCACCUCCUUCACAAUAAGUAUCUGCCCGACCAAGACGCCAUUAGAGACGAGAUCAUAGACUGCCACCGCGAGCAUGUCGGGCAGACGCCGGCAGAGUCGGACUAUCAGCUGCUUGAAAUCGCACGGCGGUUAGAGAUGUAUGGUGUUCGCUUACACCCGGCGAAGGACCGCGAGGGUACUAAACUCAGCCUGGCUGUAGCAAACAGUGGGGUACUGGUUUUCCAGGGGAACACAAAAAUUAACUCUUUCAACUGGUCCAAGAUCCGUAAACUCAGCUUCAAACGUAAAAGGUUCCUAAUCAAGCUUAGAGCCGACCCCACUCAGAAUGCCCACCAUGACACGCUGGAGUUUGCCAUGGCCAGCAGGGACUGCUGUAAGGUUUUCUGGAAGAUCUGUGUCGAGUACCAUGCCUUCUUCAGACUCUUUGAGGAGCCCAAACCAAAACCCAAGCCCAUCCUCUUCACCCGAGGAUCCUCAUUCCGGUUCAGUGGUCGAACCCAGAAGCAAAUCAUUGAUUACGUUAAAGACUCCGAGCCCAAGAAAGUUCCAUUUGAAAGGAAGCACAGUAAGAUCCUGUCCAACAGCAGCAUAUCCCCUCAGUCUGCCUCCACAAGAUCACAUGUGCCAAAAGAGAGUGCCACGUCGAUCCCGUUAGCAGACCAGCCUGACUCAGACAGAUUGAGCCAUCUGGCUGUACCUAAUGGUUCGGAGGAGCCACAGGCGGUCAUGCCCCCCACCAACGUUCUUCAUGGCCUAACGGCAGCGCCUGGCUCAGACCCGACUCAGCCCCGACAGAACCACCACGUUGCGGGAUCAGUACUGGACCAGCAGCUCCUCAACCCAGGAAGUCCGGGUUCAGAGAAGUCUUCGUUGGGAGGUCCUCAUGUAGCAGUUAAUGGGAACGGCUCUGUGAAUGGGCAGAGAAUGGGAAGGACUGGGGUCCUGGGUGCUGAACAGAGUGCUGAAAUCCAGCCGUUAUCCCCACUUACCAGCCCGCUGCUUACCGAAGCGGGAUAUGUUCGCAACGAUGAGGAAGACGAGGCGAGGAGGAAGAAGUUUCCCACAGACAAGGCUUACUUUAUAGCCAAGGAACUAUUGACCACAGAGCGGACCUACCUCAAUGACCUGCAGGUUAUCACAGAGUCCUUCCACAGCGCUGUGGGGAAAGACGAGGCUUUCCCAGACUCUGUUAAGAGCCUGAUCUCUGCCAACUAUGAUCCGGUGUACAAGUUUCAUCAGGGAUUCCUCAAAGAGACAGAGCAGCGGCUGGCGCAGUGGGAGGGCCGAUCUAACGCCCACAUUAAAGGAGACUAUCAGCGAAUUGGUGACGUUUUACUCAAGAACAUUCAGGGUCUCAGGCAGUUGACGAUUCAUCUCCAGAAACAUUCAGAGUGCCUGGUAGAACUGGAGCGGGCCUGUCGGUCCAGUCGGAAGGUGGAGACUUUAUGUCGAGACUUCGAGCAGCAACGGGUUUGCUACCUGCCCCUCAACAUCUUCCUCCUCAGGCCUCUUCACCGCCUGCUGCACUACAAACUUAUCCUGGAGAGGCUCUGCAAGCACUACCCGCCCACACAUGAUGACUUCAGGGACUGUAGAGCUGCCCUGGCGGACAUCUCGGAGAUGGUGUUGCAGCUUCAGGGAAUCAUGAUGAAGAUGGAGAACUUCCAGAAGCUUAUAGAACUGAAGAAGGAUCUGACCGGCGUCGAAGACCUCAUCAGCCCCGGAAGGGAGUUCAUCAGGCUCGGUUGCCUCAGCAAACUCUCUGGAAAGGGCCUUCAGCAGAGGAUGUUCUUCCUGUUUAGUGAUUGUUUGGUGUACACCAGUCGAGGCAUGACUCCAUCCAACCAGUUUAAGGUUCACGGCCAGCUGCCUCUCUAUGGCAUGACGAUCAGAGAAAGCGAGGAGGAGUGGGGAGUCCCUCAUUCGUUCACCUUGUUCGGGCAGCGGCAGUCUGUGGUGGUGGCAGCCAGCUGUACAUCAGAGAUGGAGCACUGGGUGGAGGACAUCAGGAUGGCCAUCGACCUGGCAGAGCAGAGUAGCAGCUUAAACAAUGACCUGCUCUCUACCAGCCUCUCUGACAACAAGCUCUCAGAGGACGGAGGAGGCGAGCAGGAGUCUGAGGACGAGCUUGGCGGCUCGCGCUCGUCCCUGGAGCGCCAGGGUCAUCGCGGUAACACCACCGUGCAUGUCUGCUGGCAUCGCAACACCAGCGUUUCCAUGGUGGACUUUAGCAUAGCUGUGGAGAACCAGCUCUCAGGUAACCUGCUAAGGAAGUUUAAGAACAGCAAUGGCUGGCAGAAACUCUGGGUGGUUUUCACCAACUUCAGUCUGUUUUUCUACAAGUCACACCAGGAUGACUACCCUCUGGCGAGCCUCCCUCUGCUGGGCUACUCUGUCACCGUCCCAUCGGAGUCAGAAAACAUCCACAAGGACUACGUCUUCAAACUCCACUUCAAGUCUCACGUCUACUACUUCAGAUCAGAGAGCGAGUACACCUUUGAGAGGUGGAACGACUCCACAGCUUGA